AUGGCAUGUUUAUGUGUCCAAGCAAUGAGCAGUCUCCAUAACCACCACCAAUGGCCAUCUCUAUGUCCGGCUACGAGUAAUGGCUCCAUAUUUGGGCUCGGUAUAGCUGGUACAUAUAGGCAAUCUUCGAUGAAAGAAGAGUGUGAUUUUGACAAAGAUAAUGGUGGUAAAGUUGGUGGCUAUAGAGUUUUGUAUGAAAUGGGUAAAUGGGUUCACUGUUUUGAGUUAGAGAAUAGUGUAAUUUUUUAUGGUUACCGUAUGAUAGAAAAGGGUAGAAUUAAGGUCAUUUGCGGUUUAAAAAAGAGAGCUUCAAGUUAUAAUGGUAUGAAGGAAGCAACUAUAGUGAAGGAGCUAGAGUGUGGUCGGGAAAAGAUGAAAGAGAUUGAUGGAGAUGAUUAUAGGUCUAGUAGUGUGAAGGAAAGUGUUAAUGGCGGUAUGAGGGGAAGAAAUUGA